UGGAACGAGCACGACGCGUCCUCCUCCCGUUGCGUCCAACACGUGACUGGCGUUGCGCUUUCGAUGUUUUUCAUUCUUUAAUCGUUAGGGAUAUGAUAUGUAAAGAUAAAAAGAGACAAAUGUAGAUAUCUCGUUCGUGUCGAGGAAUCGCCGCGGAAGGUUGAUAGAGAAAUAGGUAAAUAAGAAGGCAAAUAAUAAGAACAGAAAGUUUUAUUCGUGUAUGGAUAUAUUUUCCUAUAUGUAGAACAUCCAAUGGUUCACAGCCAAAUAUAUAGUGAAUGAAAUAUAACCUACGCCUCCUACAGUAACAGCAAUAUAAGAUGGAGAGCUCGCGCUUCUUCCUGACACUCCUGACGGCGGCGCUGACGUCGCUCCUACACCCUUGGAGUGCCGAAGCCAUGGCCACCAAUUCUUCGAACACCAAGAACGUGACCUUGAUCUAUCCUGCCAACGCCACGCUGUUCAUAGGCUCGCUUUUCCCGAUCCAUGCGAGUCGUCGGGACGUUAACUUGGGCUUCGACGUGUGCGAUUGGCUGCAGGGCGUGGACGGCAUCCAGCCCUUGGAGGCCAUGCUCUACACCCUCGACCAGAUCAACCAGAACAGCGACCUCCUCCCUGGCAUCACCCUCGGGGCACUGGCACUCGAUUCCUGUGAAUCCCCCAGCGUCGCCCUCGACCAGGCACUCGGAUUCAUUAAGGGUCGCAAAUUCGGCUGGACCUACGCCAGCGUCGUGUACAGCCGAGGCGAGUACGGCGAGGGCGGCUUCCAGCAGCUGAAAUCGCAGGCGAGUCGUUUCCACGUGUGCUUUGCUUCUCCUUCUCAUCGUCUGGCCAAGGACGACAGCGACGACACCUACAAGGAGGUCGUGACGGCGCUGCUGGCUAGGGAUGCGAGUGUGGUGGUGGUCUUCGCCAACGACGAGGUCACAGCGAAGUUAAUGGAAACGGUGCAACUUCACGGCCAUUAUUCGCGCAUCGUCUGGGUGGGCUCAGACGGCUGGAGCUCCUCGUCGCCAAAGCGAGUGGAGGCGGUGGUCGAAGGCGCCAUCGCCGUCAGGCCUCUGGUCAAUUCCCUGCCUGGCUUUGAUGAGUACUUCCGCUCCCUCACUCCUGCAGGGAACCAACGUAACCCAUGGUUUGAAGAGUACUGCGCCCAGGAGAACUGCCCUCCGGCCAGCGCCUCCUACGCGCAGGCCCCGUGGCUGCACUUCGUCAGAGACGCCGUCUACGCCUUUGCCCACGCCCUUCACAACAUGUGGGAGGCGCGGUGCGAGGGCAAAUCGGGUCUUUGCGACGCCAUGGCCCACAGCGGACACGUACACGGACACGAGCUCUUUGGACACCUGCUCAAUGUGUCCUUUGAAGACGUCAACGGUCGUAACUUCCAGUUCGAUAAAAUGGGGGCGGCCUUCCCUCGAUAUAGUAUCCUCAACUACCAGCGUGUGGAUAACUACAACUACAUGUGGGUCCCCGUCGGCACCUAUUCACGGACAUCAGAUGGUAAAAUUCUAGAGCUUGAAGAAUCUUCCGUGAAAUUCCGCCAGGAUUACCCGCCUGUGUCUUCCUGCGGGACGCCUUGCAAACCGGGAGAGGCCAAGAUACUGUUACAAGAUAAAUGCUGCUGGCGAUGUGAACCCUGCCGAAGCUACCAGUACUUAGACAACAGCACGCAGCUCUGCAAAGACUGCGACGAAUGCAAAGCGCCUGACGAGAGCAAAAGCGUGUGCAAGGAGAAAGAGGAAAGGUUCAUUGACUACAAGAACCGGUGGGCGAUCACGUCCCUUGCCUUCGCGAGUUUGGGCAUCUUCAGCACGGUCCUGGUGGCGGUCAUCUUCUGGGUUUACCUGGACACACCUGUGAUCAAAGCUUCCUCGAGGGAACUCUCAUACAUCCUCCUGGCGGGGAUCUUCCUCUCCUUCGCCAUGACCUUCGUGAUCGUCGCCCCGCCCACCUUCUUCACCUGCGGCAUCACGAGGUUCUUCCUGGGCUUCUGCUACACCGUCUGCUACGCCGCCAUCCUCACCAAGACCAACAGGAUAUCGAGGAUUUUCAACAAGAACCCGGGCAAGCCACAUAAGGCCAAGUACACCUCCCCGCGCUCCCAAAUGGUAAUCGUCACCCUCCUCGUAAGCGUGGAAGUGAUCAUCAACAUCUCUUGGCUCGUGUACUAUUCGCCCUCGACGAAGCACCUCUGCUCGAGAGACACUAAGUAUCGCAUCCGCAUCUGCAACGGCCUCGAUGACUAUUCGUACAUCGUGGGUCUUAUCUAUCCGUUGGUGUUGGUCUGUUUCUGCACCGUGUACGCCAUCAAGACCAGGAAGUGUCCCGGAGGCUUCAACGAGGCUCGGUUCAUCGCCUUCACGAACUACACGACCUGCCUCAUCUGGCUCGUCUUCGUGCCCCUCUACCUGUCCACGGGGGCCUCUGAUGACGUCAGGAUCGUCACUCUGGCCAUGUCUCUGUCGCUCGGAGGAUUCGUACAACUGGGGUGCCUGUUCUUCCCGAAAGUUCACAUCGUGCUAUUUAAGCCCGAGAAGAACACGAAGGACGCCGUGAUGAGCAUCCAGAGGACCUCCUCCUACAGGGCGGGAUCCAUCCGCCAGCAGCCUUCGGACAACUUGCAACACCACUCGGCUCCUGCGAUCAUCUUCCUGAACAGCAAGCCACCCGUUAAGCCAGAAGGAGGUGGUCUCCAGAUCCCUCAGUUCCACGACCAGAACCUCAACCCAAAUGACGUCCCUGGCUUAGUUAACAAAGGCUUCUUCACGGGGAUGUCGUCGAAGCCUCAAGAACCCACGGUUUUGUAAACAGGCCUCGAGGCUUUGGAGAUUCAGGGAGGCCGUGUAUGUUUUUUCUUUCUCUCUCUCUCUCUCUCUCUCUCUCUCUCUCUCUCUCUCUCUCUCUCUCUCUCUCUCUCUCUCUCUCUCUCUCUCUCUCUCUCUCUCUUUCUCUCUCUCUUUCUCUCUCUCUCUCUCUCUCUCUCUCUCUCUCUCUCUCUCUCUCUCUCUCUCUCUCUUUGUGGACUUACUGAUGCAGCCCUGAUGUUACUUUGGAAUAGAUUGUAACCUAAGUCACGAUCAAAAGAUCUUUUAAAUUUGUGAACGUUGUAGGGAUUAGAGACUCAAGGUGCUAUUUAGUGCUUGAGGUAUUACGAGAAUUCAGAAGGGUAUAACUAGUUCAAGAAGUGUGGCUGGAGAGAAACUGUGUGAAAUUGUAAGGUACUAGUCGCGGUCCUAAAGAAUCACAUUCAUAUUUACAGUAUAAUGAAUGAUCUAGUCAUGUAGAAUAAUGUAAGAUGUGUUGUAUAUUAUUACUGAGGGAAGCAUUAUACAAAUCGAAUGUUUCCUAGUGCACAAUAUGGCCUGAUGUUUAUAACUGUUCCCGAGCUUUUACCUUACCACUGCCUUAAGCCUUCAGACGAGGGUACCCUUGUUAUGAUAGGAUGCAAAUACUCAUACAUGAAAGAGUAUAUACAUGUACCAAAUAUAUGUAGAAACCCUUGUGUGUAUUGUUUUUUAUGUCAACUGAUGUUACAUCAAAAGACAUAGAGAACUAGUGACAUCGUUAGGUUGUUAUAAUGUUACUUAUACUAUAAACGUAAAUGCUAUUUUCUUGCACAGCAUUCCAUUUUUACAAACAAGAUCAUAACUAUAUAUAUAUAUACUAGAUAAACUGUAAAUAAUGUAAAUAUGUACUGCCGGUAAUUUUACAAGUAUGUGGAUACAUAAUAAGUAUUUUCUUCUGAUUGCCUGUUUUGAUUUUCUCUUUUACGUAAUUCCCAAGUGAUUCCAAAAAUGAUAUUGAUGUAAACCAAAAUAUACUCAAUUAAUGUUAUUUAUCCUUGCUUGAAUGAAAAUCGGUCACCUGCUGUACUUAUAAAGAUUGUAUUUCAACACUCGACCGGUUUCAUGAAUAUACUGUGAUGAUGUGCCCUUUUUGUGUGGAACAUUUCCUUAGUUUUAAAUAAAAUGAGAAAUACUUGA